AUGAACGCUUGCCGAGAGGUUGUAUCGUCAACUGCCAAGUUAUUGGAUGUCUCCAAGUACAAUUUGCGAUGUAAUCGCAAUAUCAGUGAGAAAAUGACGAAGAAAGAUUUCAUCUACGACAUCCCAACACCAGUGCAGACCAUGAGAAAGUUUGACAUACAAAGACAACCAAUUAUUCUACUACGACGAAAAGAUAUUGGUACAAGAAUGCCACAUUAUACUAUAAUUUCUGAAAAACGGGAGGACAAUGGUGGCAGUGGCGAUGCGAUUAUUGCUGCCGAUCGACGACGCAUUUUAAGAUAUUCGUGCAAUCUUUGCCAAGAACCGAUGGCAACUUUAUUUUCUCUGUCGACACACGUCAAGUUUCACUGCCAGAGAUACUGCAAGAUAUGCUAUUGGAUUCCACGUGAAAACGAGACGAUGGAACGACACAUUGGUAAUUGUCAUCGAACCGUAUCAGAGAUUGCAAGCUUCUAG